AUGCCUAGCCAUCUUAUAAACGAUUAUAUAGCGGGUGCUAUAGGAGGUUCCGCUGGCCUGUUGGUUGGACAUCCUUUUGACACGACAAAGGUGAAACUACAGACACAGCAUGGAGGUCAGCGAAAAGGAACAUUGGCGAUGGCUUCAAACAUCUUUAAGCAAGGCUGGACUGCCGGCUUCUUUCGAGGCUUGUCUUGGCCGCUGAUGUCGUACAGUGUUGUCAACUCUCUUCUGUUCGGCGUCUACGGGAACACCCUUAAGUUCCUCGACAAGGGUAAAGACACUAAAAAAUCGUCCUACCUCAACAUUUACCUGGCAGGUUGUGUAGGGGGCGCUGCAACUCUAAUUCCAGCCAUACCUACCGAUUAUGUUAAAGUUGUAUUACAGUCCCAGUUGUCCCAAGAUGCAAACAAAGGAACAGUGCGCGAAGCAGGCAAGAAUCCUUACUUCAAGGGGCCAAUAGAGUGUGCCAGACAUGUCUAUCGGACCGAGGGAUUGUUGGGAUUGUACAAGGGUGGCGGUGUCAUGUUUUGGCGCGAAGUCCCGUCUUUCGGAUUUUAUCUUCUGAUUUACGAAUCGUUUAGUGAAGCCAUAAAAAAUAAAGGCUGGACUGACUCGAAGGGAUUCAUAGCCGACUUUUUCGCUGGCGGCUGUGCUGGGUGUAUGACGUGGUUCUCGGUCAUGCCGAUUGACGUUGUCAAGAGCCGUUAUCAAGCCGAUCUGGUGGGCCAGUACAAGGGACCCAUAGAUUGUGCAGUCAAGAGCUACAGGGCAGAGGGACUCCGAGUGUUCUACAGCGGAAGCAUUGUUACAUGUGUCCGGGCGUUUCCUGUUAACGCUGUGACAUUUGUGGUUUAUUCACAGAUUUUACAAUAUCUGGACAAUAGGUAA